CGCGGCGGUGACGCCAUCAGCGCGCGCGGCGGAGAGGAGCGGGCAUGGCGGAGUUCCGGGCGCUCGGGCUGGCGCCGUGGCUGGCGGAGCAGGCGCGCCAGGUGGGGCUGCUGCGGCCCACGCCCGUGCAGGCCGCCUGCAUCCCGGCCGUGCUGCAGGGCCGGGACUGCCUGGGCUGUGCCAAGACGGGCAGCGGGAAGACGGCGGCGUUCGUGCUGCCCGUGCUGCAGGUGCUCUCCGAGGAUCCCUACGGCAUCUUCUGCCUCGUGCUGACCCCCACCAGGGAGCUGGCGUAUCAGAUCGCGGAGCAGUUCCGAGUGCUGGGCAAGCCCCUGGGCCUGAAGGACUGCGUGGUGGUGGGCGGCCUGGACAUGGUGGCCCAGGCCCUGGAGCUGGCCCGCAAGCCCCACGUGGUGGUGGCCACCCCGGGCCGCCUGGCUGACCACCUGCGCAGCUCCAGCACCUUCAGCCUGCGCAAGAUCAAAUUCCUGGUGCUGGACGAGGCUGACCGGCUGCUGGAGCAGGGCCUGGCGGAUUUUGGCGCGGACCUGGAGCUGAUCCUGGGCGCGGUGCCGGCGCGGCGCCAGACGCUGCUGUUCAGCGCCACGCUGACGGCCACGCUGAGCCGCCUGCGGGGCCUGGCUGCCAACAGCCCCUUCCUCUGGGAGGCCCCGGCACAGGUGAGGACGGUGGAGCAGCUGGAGCAGCGGUACCUGCUGGUGCCCGAGGCGCUCAAGGACGCGCACCUGGUGCAGCUGGUGCAGAGCUUCCAGGACCUGCACCCGGACUGGGCCAUCAUCAUCUUCACCAGGACCUGCAAGGACUGCCAGGUGCUGAACAUGAUGCUGAGGAGAUUCCGCUUCCCCUCCGUGGCUCUGCAUUCCAUGAUGAAGCAGAAGCAGAGAUUUGCAGCUCUGGCCAAGUUCAAGUCCAGCAUCUUCAAGAUCCUCAUUGCCACCGACGUGGCUGCCAGAGGUUUGGACAUCCCUGCAGUCCAGCUCGUCAUCAACCACAACACCCCGGGGCUGCCCAAGAUCUACAUCCACCGCGUGGGGCGGACGGCGCGCGCCGGGCGGAGGGGCACGGCCAUCACGCUGGUGACACAGUAUGACAUCCACCUGGUGCACGCCAUCGAGGACGAGAUCAAGCUGAAGCUGGAGGAGUUUCCCGUGGAGGAGCAGCGGGUGCUGGAGAUCCUGACCCAAGUGAACGUCACCAGGAGGGAGUGCGAGAUCGAGCUGGAGGGGAUGGACUUCGAUGAGAAGAAGGAAAUCAACAAAAGGAAACAGAUGAUUCUGGAAGGGAAGGACCCGGAGCUGCAGGCGCGGCGCCGGGCGGAGCUGGCCAAGCUCCGCAGCAGGAACAGGGAGUGCAGGGAGAGGCUGCAGCAGGGCCUGCAGAGGAGGAGGCAGCUGCAGCUGCGCAGGAAACUGCACAGGAGGAUGGAGAGGAGGAGGAGGAAGAUGGAGAAGAAGGAGCAGGAGCAGCAGGAGCAGCAGUGACACCCCUGGGCCCGGCCUGGGCUGCCCUGGAAUUGCUGCAGCUUUGGGAAAUUCGGGAUUGGGCACCUCAGGGUGGAAACUCCUGACCUGAAAUCGGCGCUGGGGAAGGGAAAGGUCCCAGAAUCUCGGGGUGCUUUGGGUUGGAGGGACCCCAAACCUCAUCCAGCUCCACCCAGGCUGCUCCAGCCCGGCCCUGGGCACUGCCAGGGAUCCAGGGGCAGCCACGGCUCCUCAGGGAAUUCCAGCCCAGCCCCUCCUCAUCCUCACAGCCAGGAAUUCCUGCCCAAAAUCCCACCCAGAUUCCCCAUUCCCAGUUUGGAACCAUUCCCUGUGUGCUGUCCCCCCAUCCCUCAUCCCAAAUCCCUCUGCAGCUCUCCUGGAGCCCCUUCAGGCUCUGGAAGUGCCUCCAAGGUUUUCCCUGAAGCUUCUCUUCUCCUUGAAUCCUCCCAGCCAGGAAUUCCUGCCCAAAAUCCCACCCAAAUUCCCCUUUCCCAGUUUAAAUCCAUUCCCUGUGUCCUGGAAUUCCAUCCCUCAUCCCAAAUCCCUCUGCAGCUCUCCUGGAGCCCCUUCAGGCUCUGAAAGUGCCUCCAAGUUUUUUUCUGGAGCUUCCCAACCUGGCCUUGAACAUUCCAGGGAUCCAGGGACAGCCCCAUUUUCUGGGAAUUCUAUCCCAUCCCCUCCCCACCCUCACAGGGAAGAGUUUUUGUUUCCUCUCCUGCACAAGCAGGGGAGAAAAUUCUGUCAGGCUGGCUCAGUCUCCUGGAGAAUUCCGAAUUCCAGAGGCCAGGCCUGGAUUCCUGCAGGAAUAAUCCCUGUCCCCUCCAGGGGCUGUGGCUGCCACUCACUCUUGUUUGGAUCAACAGAUCCUCCCCUGAGCCAGAGUCUAAAAAUAAAACCCUGGGACAAAGCUGAGCUCAGCCUGUGCCAGAGCCCGGAGUUUUCCCAGCGGGGAGAAUUCCUGGAAUGCACAGGGAGGCUCUGUGUGAGCCUGGGAUAAAACUGCUUCGGGAAUAAUCUCAGAACAUUGGAAGGAUUUUCCUGCCUCUCCCAGCCCAGACAGGGCCCUGCUUUCCCGGAUUUCCAAGAGAAUUCCUGCUUGGAGGAGCCCCAGGAGCAGAAUUCCCUUUUUCCUUGAGGGUCCUGAGCGGGGUUUGGGGCAGGCUGAGGUUGGAGGGGGCUGAGCAAUCCCAAAAUUCCAGUUCUGUUUCCCUCUGCAGGCAGAAAUUCCCAGGUUUUGGUCACCUCUGUGCCUUUUCUCUGGCUGAGGCUCUUUUAUUUCUGUCCUGUACAAAAAUAGCAUCUGUGGCCCGUGCCCAAAUAAAUAUUUAUUGCCACAAAA